AUUUCUGUCUCGUCGCGACUGUCAUCCUUUAUAACAGAUAACCAAAUAAUUUUCUUCGUUCAAAAUCAGAGCCAGAACGACGGAGAAAUCAAAAUAAUCUCUUUUAUCACGAAUCCUGCACAGUCUAGUGGCCUCUGUGAUGGCUUCGCUAAUUCUGGUUAAUGGGGCUCAGUUGGCAAGACAGCAAACUGGGUCCCUUGGAAUCCUAUGCUUGAAGGCUAACUACAGCACGGAAGAGCCACGUAAGUUGAAAAGCACGAAUUUGGCUACCCUGAAGCGAGGUACUGGCGGUCGAUCUAGUUUCAAUGGAAUCGUAGCGACGGUGUUUGGAAGUACCGGUUUCUUGGGUCGAUAUGUUUGUAAUAAGCUCGGCAAAAUCGGUUCGCAAAUAAUAAUUCCGUAUCGCGCUGACCAUUAUGAGGCAAUUCGUCUGAAGCUGGUUGGUGAUUUGGGACAGGUGCUGUUUCAUCCUUACGACUUGCGGGAUGAAGAAUCUAUUUACAAGGCAGUCAAGUAUUCGAACGUCGUAAUCAAUCUUGUUGGACGUGAUUGGGAAACGAAAAAUUUUACUUUCAAAGAUGUUCACGUAGACGGAGCCCGUAGAUUAGCUCGCAUUGCUAAGCAAGCUGGAGUUGAAAAGUUUAUUCAUUUGUCAAGCAUGAACGUCACUCCGGAACCGACUCCGAUUUUGCUGAAGGAAGGUAGCAAAUUUCUCAAGAGCAAGUACUACGGAGAGCAAGCCGUCCGGGAGGAAUUUCCGGAUGCGAUUAUUUUCCGCCCGGCUGAUAUCUACGGCCAGGAGGAUCGCUUCUUGCGCUACUAUGCGCAUGUUUGGCGUCGGCAGCUCCGUGGAAUGCCACUUUGGUACAAUGGCGAACGUACCCUUAAACAGCCCGUGUUUUGCUCGGACGUUGCUCAGGGUAUUGUAAAUGCGAUUAAGGAUCCGGACACGCAAGGAAAAACUUACCAAGCGGUUGGUCCACGGCGUUACAAGCUGAGCGAGUUAGUUGAUUGGUUCUACCGGGAGAUGCGCAAAGACGAGGACUGGUGGGGCUAUCGCCGUUACGAUUUACGGUACGAUCCGACGUUCAUGAUGAAGGUGCGUUUUACCGAGUUCAUUUGCCCAUCAUAUAACGUGGGGGAUCUGCAUACCGAGAGAGUCGAACGGGAAUACGUAACCGACGAUGUCAAAAAGGGUAUUCCCACUUUAGAAGAUUUGGGUGUUAAUUUGACGUUGAUGGAGGAUCAGGUUCCCUGGGAACUAAAACCCUUCCGAGCUGCUCUGUACUACGAUGCUGAACUUGGAGAGUUUGAAAAACCGACGCCGCCUCAAUUUAUACAGUAAUAACAUCGGCUAGGAAGAAGCGUAAGAGGUAAAUGUUUCGAUUACGUUGUUUAAAUUUAUCAGAAAAUAAUAAUAAAUGUCCGAGAAAUCGUGGAA